AUGGCUGCUCCCUCGAUGGUUCCUGUGAACCAUGUCGAAAAGCCCGAGAAGUUCAAUGGGUUGAACUUCAAGAGGUGGCAGCAAAAGAUGCUAUUCUACCUCACAACUCUGAACCUUGCAAUGUUCUUAACUGAAAAUGCUCUAACCCUAUCUGAGGGGGAGUCGAAUGGGUUUAAGACGGCAAAGGAGCUUUGGGAAUCAUUGGACCGUAAAUAUAAAUCAAAGGAUGCAGGUGCAAAGAAAUUUCUCGUCGGACGGUUCCUCGAUUUUAAAAUGGUGGAUUCAAGGACCGUAAUGAGUCAAGUACAAGAAUUUCAAGUGCUCUUGCAUGAGAUUCAGGCUGAGGGGAUGGCUCUAAGUGAAUCCUUCCAAGUGGUUGUUGUCAUUGAGAAACAGCCUCUUGAUUGGAAGGACUUCAAGAGUUAUCUGAAGCAUAAGCAGAAGGAGAUGUCAAUGGAGGAUCUUGUUGUCAGGCUUCGAAUUGAAGAAGACAAUAAGAACUCCGGAAAGGGUCUCAUCCUUCAUGCUACUGCUAAGGUAAAUGUCAUGGAGCUCCCAAAGAGGAAAAUGGACCAUGAAGCAAACAUGGUUAAUGAGAUGGCCCGAGAUGGGGCAAACAUCAACCUAUCUGCUGUGGUUUCAGAGGUGAACCUUAUUAGGUCCAACCCAAAGGAAUGGUGGCUCGAUACCAGUGCCACCUGUCAAGGCAAGAUGGUCUUGAAGAUGACUUCAAGAAAGGAGCUGACUCUGAACAACAUAUUGUACGUACAUGAGAUUUGGAAGAAUUUAGUCUUCGGGUCAUUGCUGAACAAACAUAGGUUCAAGAUGGUUUUUGAGUAA